AUGGCGAGUAUGAACCGAAUGACAUUUCUAAUGGCGAUUUCAGAAAUAACACCGCAUGUUUUCAUAUCAGGCCAAAUAGCAGCAACUCUCGAACAAGUACAACGAUUGGGCAUCACCUACAUUGUGAAUGUUGCAUUGGAAUCUUCGCCUAUUGUCUAUCCAAAACAUGUUAAAGUCGACAAAUUCGAUAUACUUGACUUUCCCAAUACACCGAUAAGUAACUACUUCAAUACCAUCACUGAUAAAAUCCAUGCUCAUCUCACUGCUGAUAAACAACACAAAGUGCUUGUCCAUUGCAUGGCUGGAAUUAGUCGAAGUACGACAAUAGUCUGCGCAUAUUUAAUGCGUUAUAUGAAUAUGACCUUACGAGAAGCGUAUUUACUAUGCAAAAAGCAUCGCCCAAUAUGCUUUCCAAAUUUAGGCUUCUGGAGCCAGUUGAUCGCCUAUGAAAGUCGACUCAAACGAGAAAAUAGUGUGAAAAUGGUACCUACUCAAUAUGGUAACGUACCUGAUGUUGCAUUCGAAGAAAUUCAACAGUACGAAGCUCAACACCAAAGACAAGCAGGAUCUUCACCUAUAUCUACUUCAGCAUUUGCAUCAACUACAAGUAAUCCAAUAAAUAGUAGUGUGGCAUCUAGCGAUACUCUAUCGAGUCAAAGUCGAACAAAUGGUCGGGAUGCAUAUCCGAGUCAUACAACUAGUGUUACACGAUCCCGAUCAUUAGCAUCUCAAUCUACAAUUCGACCAUCCGUAGCUGCUGCAUCAACUUAUGUCAGUAAUCCAUCUUAUCAAACACCAUUAUUCACAACCAACAGACAGCCUUGUCAUGCACCAACGCGGCCAGCUGUUAACCGUUUGACAACAAUAACUAAUCCUCCGAAUACACAUUCAUUUUCAUCCGGAUCAACAAUUUAUUCAAGUAGUCGAACUAUACCUGUCAGCAUACCAGCUAAUGUCAAACAUCGUUAUACACCUCAUCAUCCGCACCACCAACAUCACCAUGUGCAUCAGCAUCAUCAUCUACCGAAUGGAACAACUGAUUCUAUUACAAGUGCAGCAAAUAAUGAUCAACAACGUGCACGUUAUGAUACAACAUAUCGGUCAAGUUUUAUUAAACCUUUAAUACCAUGA